AUGAAGCUCAUUCUCGCUGCCCUCCUCAUUGUGGGAGCCUCAGCCCUCUUCUCUGGUAAAGAUGAUGUUGUUGAAUUGACCGAGCAAAACUUCAAGAACAAGGUAUUGAGCAGUGAUGAAAUUUGGAUUGUUGAAUUCUACGCUCCAUGGUGUGGUCAUUGCAAGAACCUGGUUCCUGAAUAUAAGAAGGCUGCUACAGCCCUUAAGGGUAUCGCAAAUGUCGGUGCUGUUGAUAUGACCCAACAUCAAAACGUUGGUUCUCCAUACAAUGUCCGUGGUUUCCCUACCUUAAAAAUUUUCGGAGCUGAUAAGACAAAACCCAUCGACUUCCAAGGAGCUCGUACGGCCCAAGCUAUCGCUGAUGCCGUCCUUGCUGAAGCCAAAAAAGCCGUAUCAGCCAGACUUGGAGGAAAGAGUUCUUCUGGAGGAUCAUCUGGAUCUGGGAAGAGAGGCGGAGGAUCAGGAAAUGAAGUUGUUGAACUUACCGACUCUAACUUCGAGGAGCUCGUCAUUAACAGCAAAGAUGUCUGGCUUAUUGAGUUCUUCGCUCCAUGGUGCGGACAUUGUAAAAAUCUUGAGCCUCACUGGAAAUCUGCUGCCGCCGAGUUGAAAGGAAAAGUUAAACUCGGAGCUCUUGAUGCUACCGUCCAUACUGUCGUCGCCAACAAAUUCGGAAUCCGCGGUUUCCCAACCAUCAAGUAUUUCGCUCCUGGAUCUGACUACAGUGACGCAACUGAAUAUGAUGGUGGACGUUCCACAUCUGAUAUUGUCAACUGGGCUAGUGCUAAGGCUGCUGAGAAUCUUCCUGCUCCUGAAGUUCUUGAAGGAACUAAUCAAGAAGUCGUUGAAGAAGCUUGUAAGGAUAAGCAACUUUGCGUUUUCUCUUUCCUUCCUCAUAUUCUUGAUUGUCAAGCUGAGUGCCGUAACAAAUAUAUUAGCACUCUUAAGGAAUUGUCUGAGAAGUUCAAGAAGAACGCUUGGGGAUGGAUCUGGGUUGAGGGAGGCUCUCAAACAGAACUUGAAGAUGCUUUCGGAGUUGGAGGUUUCGGAUAUCCAGCUAUGGCCGCUUUGAACUCAAGAAAGAUGAAAUUCGCUAUGCUCAAGGGAUCUUUCGGAAAAGACGGAAUCCAUGAGUUCCUUCGCGACUUAUCUUAUGGAAAAGGAUCUACCUCUUCCGUUAAAGGAGCUGCUUUCCCUAAGAUCUCCAAGACUCAACCUUGGGAUGGAAAAGAUGGACAACUUCCAGCUGAAGAGGAGAUUGAUCUCUCCGAUGUUGAUCUAGACCACACCGAAUUGUAA